AUGUUGGAACAAUCAUUAUCAUCCUCACCAACAUUCUGGGCUAGUGUCUACAGCUGGUUCACUCCCACUGUCUUCUUCCUCCUCCUCCAGCUAGUUAUUGCCACUAUUUACAUCACUUCCACUCUUGCAAAUGCCACCCACAAACACCACCACCAAGAUCCUAACUUUCCACAACAGCAACAACUCUUUAGAUCCCCUUCUGUUUUACAAAGGCUCAAAUCCAUCAACCUUUACUCUUACCAAAACUAUAGAUCCCAACAUGAAGAACAUCAUACCCCACAACCUCAAACAACCUACGAAAACGAAAUCCAUGUCCCUCAAGGACAACUCGCUAGAUCUCCCUCUGUUUUGCAGAGACUCAAAUCCAUCAACCUUUAUUCUUACUUCCCUUCGAAACUCGAAAGCACCAACGUUGUCACUCACGACAAACAUCAUCACGUGGAAGUUAAGGAGACAGAAGAAGAUGUUUUGGGAGAUAUAAAAGACAACCUAGGAGGACUCGAAGAAGAUGGUCAUGUUUCUUUGGAGGAGGUUUUCAUGAAAUUGCAGGGGCAAGGAGGUAAUUUCGCAAGGACGCAUUCAGACACGAAGCCGGAUUCAGGGGAGGUUCCGGUGAAGCUGUCGAGGAAGAUGAAAAAAUCCGCUAGCAGUAAAUCGCCAUUUUCUCAUUUCAAGGAAGAUGACAUUGUGGAGAGCCGCCGGCCGGCCACCGUGAAAGAGGCUAAAGCUGUCACCAUGGAUGAGGACGAGUUGGUUGAUUCUAAGGCGGAUGAUUUCAUCAACAAGUUCAAACAACAGUUGAAGUUGCAGAGGAUUGAUUCAAUUAUGAGGUAUAAGGAUAUGGUUAACAAAGGGAUUAGCAAGUAA